UUAACGUCGUCUGUAGCUAUGAGCUCACAUCCGGGUUUUUGUUGUGGAAAGCGCCAGUUUUGAAGAUUUUUUAAAACUUUGAUCAAAUGGAAAACGUGAGACAGCAAGGUGUGCUUGACCACUUGAUGAUGUUAGAGAGGGCUGGAACAAGAAGAACGGAAAGGCCUCAGCAUAGUCGUUUGGAGGAACUUCGUAAUGCUAUAGCAACACUUCAUGUGAAAAGAGACCGACUUCGCAUUGAAACAGUAGCGGUAAAGAAUCUAAAACAAAAAAUGGACCAAGGGAUGCCAUUGGAAGAUCAUGAUUAUGGUGACUUAUUGCAACUUGAGAAAGCUCUGCUAACGUCCAGGCAUAUGAAGCUCAAAGAUCUUCAAAGUGCCCAUUCUCUCAUCGCUGGGUAUGACCUGAUGGAGUGUAACCAAGGCAAAAGUGUGUGUGUGUCAUUACACACUGCCUUUGAAGGAGUGUAUGUAGAGACAUAUAACAUGGAAGUGGAUCUCACUCGCACAGUGCAGAUCAGUCGUCACAAUAUACCUCCAUAUGUCCCACUGGAGAUGAUAGCCAAGCAGACUCUCCAGACUGACUUUAAAGGCUUCCUUCAAACCUUAAGCCUUCACCUCAAUGCUUUAGCUGGUCGCAAACAGCAGAUUUCCCUCAUCAUGGAGCUUGGUACAGUAAAAGUGAUUGAGAGAAAUCAACUGUGCAACUUUCUCAUCCUCAUGUGCAAAGCCCAAGAGGAGAGUGAAACAGUUCUGUGCACACUGGAGUAUGGUGACCUCACCCGAUACCUGCCCACCCGUGUCACUAUUGAGAGUGAAAAUACAACACUUGUAGAGUCCCAACAAUGGAGGAAAAACCGGUUGUUGCUCCUGGAGUUUCCAGUCCAUUGUGCUCUUUUAACCAUGAGGAAAAUGGGAAGCAUUGCAUAAAUAAAACAGCAACACAGUUUGUUUAAAAAAACAAAAAAACAAAUUGUGUUCAUUUACACAAUCAGCCUUUUAAAAUGUUUAACAUUUAGCUCAAUUUCCAGAAAUAAAAAAAGACACUUAUUUGCAGGUCGCUGUUGCUCUUGACGCCUGAGGACAAAGGGAGUAUGUGUUGAGCUAGAGUCAUUAGCGGUGUGGCUGAAUAGCAAAACAGAAGUGAGAGUCUGCAGAAAUGAGGCAACUCAGAAAUGGGUUCUAAUAUUUUCCGAAUUACUUGCUGAGCAUUUCUAUAAUAACCUUUCACAAGUAAACCUAGAAUAGAAAGGUUCAGGAAGCUAGCAAAGAAUGUUUACAUACUGCAUUAGUGUGCAUGCAGCCUCAGAUUGUUUCUAGAGUCCUAAGAAAAAUCUGCAUUUUCUUUUGAAGCUUUUCUCUGUGAAAUUGUUUUAGUCUUUCCUUAUUUUGUCUGUCUUGCUUUUCUUGGAUUUCAAGCUCUUUCUGAGAAAUGCUAUCAAUUAAGGCAAUUUCUUUCAAUUGUAGAAUGGAAAAUGGCUCCGUGUUAUAACCCUUCCUUCUGUAUCCUGUCUUAAGAGAGACGUAGGUGUGUUGCUGCAGGGCUGAAUAUGCUGAUUUUGAGGACCUUGUUCCAGAUUCCUGAUCCCUUUCACAUGAAAGGGAUUUAGCUGAAAAAGUUCCUCUAACUGCAGGAGCAGAUCUUGAGUAACGAAUAUUAUGCAGAUUAUUUGUUGUCAUUUUUGCUUCUGAGAUAGUUCUCAUUGCAUUAUUAAUAGUUGCAUAAGGUUCACAGACUCUCAAAUGCAGCAACUUUUUUUGAUCCUUCAAUAUAAGUUCUCUCUCUUGAUAAAGUAAUUUGAGGCUUAGUCUGUACUUUCUGUGAAUUUCGUCCAGUUUCCACUGUAGAUAAGUGUCCUCCUUGUGAUUCAUUAACCGCACAUCCAUGUAUAGCAAAGACUUGGGUUGUUUAAAGCUUUCCUUUGUAGUCAUUAUGAUCUAUUUUCCUGAUUUAAAAAAAAUCAAAAGUGGAUUGGUUGUAAGAGCUACACUGAAGGCAGUGUGUGUUGUAAUGUAUAAUGUAUGUCAAGUAAAGUCUAAAUUCUGUUAAAGAUGUUAUUAGUAGAUGGCUACAAUUGUUAAUAAAUAAAAUGGAAAUGUA